AUGCCCCGCAAGGCCCUCGUGACGGGCGAAGACGUCAAGUCGGCCUUCAGCCUCUUCUGCUGCGUCUACGGCAUUGGCACGCUCGGCAUGCCGGGCAACUUCUCCCGCGCCGGUCCGCUCCUCGCGGUCGUCGCGAUGGUCUUCAUGGCCUUUGCCAACGUGUACGGAGCAGUGGCCAUCUGCCGCGUGAUGCUCCUCGCCCCAAAGUCCGUCCGCACGUACGGCGACUUGGGCCAGUGGUGCAUGGGCGCGCCCGGGCGCUACUUGGCCGUCAUCUCGCAGAUGGCCAACUGCCUCCUCGUGCCCUGCGUGUUCCUCGUGCUGGGCGGGCAGCUCCUGGACGGCCUCUUCCCGCACGCCUUCAGCACGUCCACGUGGAUCGUCUUCAUGGCCAUCUCGUGCACGCCCGUGUGCCUCGUGCCGACGCUCAAAGAGGGAGCCGCGCUGGCCUUUGCCGGCUGCAUGGGCACGAUCAUCGCCGACGUGCUCGGCGUCGGCAUCGUCUUGUACGGCAUGCGCGGCCACCCGAGCGUCCCCACGCCCGACCUCACCUUCAAGCAGGUGGCCGGCACGUUCGGCAACUUGGCGCUGGCCUACGGCGCGGGGAUCGUCGUGCCGUCGCUCCAGCGCCAGCACAGCGACCCCACGCGCAUGCCGUACGUCGUGGGCGUCACGAUGCUCGUCAUCUCGGCCCUCUUCCUCGUCCUCGCCACGUCGGCGUACUCGGCCGUGGGCUGCCAGAUCUCGGGCAACCUCUUGUACGCCAUCUACCCGCACGAGACGACGGGCUUGACGACGCUCGGCUUUGCGUCCGACUGGGGCACGGUCGUCCUCGCCUACCUCUUCAUGCAGCUCCACAUCACCAUCGCCUUCUCCGUGAUCCUCAACCCCGCGUUCUACAUUGCCGAGCGCAUUGUACUGGGCAUGCACAAGCCUGCGGGCAUCACGGACCUCGAGACCAACGGGGACAGCUACGUCGGAGCGCCCAGCCCCGACGAAAGUGAGCACGAUAAGCGACACUCGCAGACGUCGGGCGUGUCGAAACCGCACUCGGUCCUUUCGGUCGCUGGCAACGAAGACGGUCCGUCGGAUGACGACCUGGAGAUCGAGCCGUCCGAGUACAGGGGGGCAAAUGCCGUCAAGUACAUGGCGCUCCGUCUCUUUAUGAUCGCGGGCCUCGUGGUCGCGUCAGUUCUGCUGAAGGACCACUUUCACGACUUGACCGACUUCACUGGAGCGUCCUGUAUCAUGAUCAACUCGAUCGUUCUGCCCAUUGUGUUCCUCAUGAAGAAGAAGUGGAACGUCCUGCCCAUGUGGGAGAAGGUCCCUGCGCUCGUCGUGAUCGUCGUGUGCUUCAGCCUCGGCUGCUACGUGACGUACACGUCGGGCAAAAACCUGUUCGCCCCGAGCCACGACGACAGGGCGUUCCCUUUCUGUGCGCCAGAGUUUGAAUACGCCGUGUACUAUAAUUACACGGCAACACAUGCGAGCUAG